CCCGAAGCAGCAGCCAACAUGCGGACUGAGAGCCGAGACCUGAGGGCCGCGGAGCUGUCUCACCGGGACUUGCUGGGCAGCUGAGUCCUGCAGGACCCGGGACAUGGACUUCCCUCUCCUUUCUGCCUGCCCUCAAAGUUGCUGAGAAGUUUUUUGGAGCGCGUCCCGCGGCGUUGCUCCCCCGGCGCGUCUGCUGCGCGCACAGCUGGAUAUCUGUGGGGGGAGAACCGGAGCUUUCUGGCGGUUCUGCGAGGCUUACCUAAGAUUCUGGGCCGACCCGGUGCCGUUCAGAGGACAUGGAAAACUGUUACCUCCUGGCUGUGCUUGUGCUCGUCCUCCCUCUGGGCUUCAGGAUCGAGGAGGGCAUGUGCCAACCCAACAACCUCCUCCGCCCCAUCCCCAGCGACAGUCUGCCCGUACCGGUCCUGUGCGAGGACCCGGACCCGGUGCUGGAGCCGAAGGAGAAGGACCUGAACGAGACGGAGCUCAGGAGUUUUCUCGGCAGCCAGUUCGACCCGCAUUUCAUGUCCGUGUCCCCACCGGAGGAGAAGCACGCGGGACAGGAGGACGUGGGGGACGCGGACCUGUGGCAGAAGCUUCCCGUAACGAUACCCAAAGAAAUCCGGGCCCUGGACUUUGAGGUCCCGCACGCCAAGAAGCAGAAGCCCAGUAAAAAACAGCGUAAGAGGCUGCAUCAGUGGCUGUGGUCCUACACUUUCUGCCCGGUGGUUUACGCGUGGAGUGACCUGGGCACGCGCUUCUGGCCGCGCUAUAUGAAGGUGGGCAGCUGCUCCAACAAGCGGUCCUGCUCGGUCCCUGAAGGGAUGCUGUGCAAACCCGCCAAAGCGGCGCACUUUACCAUCCUACGGUGGCACUGCCAGCAGAAAAAGGGGGUCCUCAAGUGCUCCUGGAUAAGGAUCCAGUACCCGGUCAUAUCAGAGUGCAAGUGCUCCUGUCCGAACUGAGCCGAGCUGAGCCGAGCCGGAGCUGCUGCUGCGCACUGAUGGGACCCAGAAACUGUCAGGAAGAUUUCAAAAAGUCACUCUGACCUCUCAGAGUGAACAGAUGUACAUGUUUUAGAAGAUCUUUGUAUGUUUAUUAUAUUCAGAUCAUAUCUCCAGUGUAUCUGCUCAUAUUUAUAAUCAUACAUUCAGGCUGGAGCUGCGUGAAGAGUUCCGCUUUGGAAUCAGACUUUCUAAAUGUUUGAGUCAGAACUUUGUGAGACUCUUCCUCCUCCUGGAAUAAAAGGGACAGAUGGUUUCUGAAAGUGAACCCAGACUCUGUUAUUUUAUUUAUUUAUUCAGAAAAUCAGACAGAAUCAUCUUAGAUGACAUUUUAGACAUUUUUGUUUGUCUAAAAAGGAGAAAUCGUAUCACAUAAUUUUAUUUAGAAAGACUAACAGUCUGAAUCUGAACUUUC